AUGCAAGUUCUCAUAAUCAUCCGGUUACAUGCCAUGUAUCUGGGAUCCAGCAGGAUGCUCAUGAUUCUUGUUGUAAUUUUCGUGCCUGUCACGGUCGCCUGCGCAGUGAUGAUAAUAAUAUCAAUCAGUCACACUCCAGGGGAGGAAUACAUCCUCUCCGGGACUUACCAGUGCACCUAUGUCUGGGAGGGAAACACCCGAAUUAUAGGUUGUAUGGCCUGGGCACUGUACACUAUGUGGGAGACCCUCGCACUGUGUCUUGCAGUCUGGAUUGCUGUAACACACCUCCGUGAACUGCAACAACUAUCGAAUGAAUGGACUAUAAGAGACUGCUUCAUGGUGUUGAUGAAAACCCACGCAGCUUACUUUGUAAGCUUUGCCACUGUUUCUUGCUUCCAGCUUGUUUAUAACUCCUCGACUAUUGAUGCAUCCUCCAUGGGAUACAUAUUUGCUGUUCUUGAAUCCUUCUGGAGCUUGCAGUUAUUUGUGCUGGGUCCACGCCUCAUCCUUAGCGUUCGAGAAUAUCAUGCCAAGCUCAUAGCCGACUCCAAUCCAGAAACAGGCAUAUCUACGAUUGCUUUCCAGGAGCAUGUCAGCGUGUCAUGCCGGUCAAUUGACAAUGAUACGUAG